AUGGCGGAACCGAAAGUAAAAUACGAUCGCCAACUCAGGAUAUGGGGGGAACAAGGACAGGCCGCCUUGGAGAAAUCCAGCAUAUGCCUUCUUAAUUGUGGUCCUACGGGCUCAGAGACAUUGAAGAACCUUGUUCUCGGUGGAGUUGGAUCAAUCACAGUUGUUGAUGGAUCCAAAGUGGAAUUUGGUGACCUUGGGAACAAUUUCAUGGUUGAUGAAUCGAGUGUUGGACAAUCGAAGGCGAAAACUGUGUGUGCGUUCCUUCAAGAACUAAAUGAUGCAGUAAAAGCUAAGUUCAUAGAAGAGUGCCCAGAGGCUCUGAUUGAGACAAAUCCCUCAUUCUUUUCUCAGUUCACCUUGGUAGUAGCCACACAGCUCGCUGAGGACUCAAUGAUUAAGCUGGAUAGAAUCUGUAGGGAGGCAAAUGUUAUGUUGCUAUUUGCGCGUUCUUAUGGACUUGCAGGGUUUGUUAGAAUCAGUGUGAAGGAACAUGUGGUCAUUGAGUCAAAGCCUGAUCAUUUUCUUGACGACCUUAGGUUGAAUAACCCGUGGCCUGAGCUUAAGAGUUUCGCAGAAACCAUUGAGUUGAAUGCGGCAGAUCCUGUUGCCCACAAGCACACGCCUUAUGUUGUCAUUCUUGUGAAGAUGGCUGAGGAAUGGGCCAAAGCUCAUGAUGGUAAUCUUCCGUCAACAAGGGAUGAGAAAAAGGAAUUCAAGGAGCUUCUUAAAGCCAAGAUGAUGUCAAUGGAUGAGGAUAACUACAAAGAAGCUGUCGAUGCCUCGUUCAAAGUGUUUGCUCCUCGAGGAAUUAAUGCAGAAUUGCGGCAGAUUAUUAAUGAUGGCUGCGCUGAAGUUGAUUCUAGUUCAUCUGACUUUUGGGUGAUGGUGGCUGCACUAAAGGACUUCAUUGUACACGAAGGUGCGGGAGAGGCUCCUCUCGAGGGCUCAAUACCUGAUAUGACGUCUUCAACCGAGCUUUAUGUAAACUUGCAGAAGAUCUACCAAGCGAAAGCCGAGGCAGAUUUUCUUGUUAUUGAGGAAAAGGUGAGAAGUAUUCUUAAGAAAACCGGUAAAGAUCCACAUAGCAUCCCGAAGUCAGUGAUAAAAAGCUUCUGCAAAAAUGCUAGGAAACUGAAGGUUUGCCGGUAUCGAUUAGUUGAGGACGAGUUUAGCAACCCUUCUUUGUCAGAGUUGCAGAGGUACCUUAGCAGUCCUGACUACAGUUUUGCUGCGGGGUUUUACAUCUUGCUUCGAGCAGCUGAUCGCUUUGCUGCAAACUACAAAGUCAUUCCUGGUCAUUUUGAAGGGGAAAUCGACGAGGACAUUGCUAGGUUGAAAUCCACAGCAGUGGCCCUACUCAACGACUUGGGUUGCAGUGGCUCACCCUUGAACGAUGACCUUGUUAGCGAAAUGUGGCGGUACGCAGCUUCAGAGCUCCACACUGUUGCUGCUUUUGUUGGCGGUGUUGCGUCGCAAGAAGUGAUCAAGCUAAUAACAAAGCAGUUCGUUCCCAUGUCUGGCACAUUCAUAUUCAACGGUAUUGAUCACAAAUCUCAAUUGCUGUCCUUGUGA